CGCGCUAAGGCCGAGUCGCGUACUCUUAACAUCUACCACUUCUCAUCUCUCAAUAACCCAACAUCAUAUUCUUAGUCUAGCGAAAGCUAGCCCUCGAUACUUUUGCAUAGCCAACCGUUGAAUUGUUUCCAUUUUUUUUUAUCUCCCUUGUUUAAUUCCGUUAAUAACAAUCUGCACUUCUCUUAGCCGUUGUCCUAAGCGGGAGCCAGACACAAGACCCACAUCCUAAACCCGCCUGUCAAUUCCACUUUUCAGCGUCCAUCAGGGAGAGUGAACGCCGCGUGUGUAUGUCGAACGUUAGUCAAUUACAUCUCUUGAUGAGAGCCUCUCCAUGGAAGAAGCCAUCAGAGCCGGUCGUGCCAAGUAUGCGGCCGGCCAAUACAAAGAAGCGCUGCAUGUUUUCACUGAGGCUAUAAGUCUCUGCCCUUGUGCGUUGGAGAAGAGGAAGAGGAAGCGAGAGGCUCAGGAGCUCCAUGAUACCAAGGGGGCCGACCAGGCAGUCCAGGAUGCGACUGUCGAAUGUUAUAAUCCUCUCCAUCUUCAGGCUCUCAGCUAUCGGGCUGGAACGUUUGAAAAGAUCCCAGAUAUUCGCCGCGCGAAAGCUGACGCGCAGCGAAUGGUGCGCAUAGCGCCACUUUCACCUGAAGGCUAUCUUCGCACAAAUAAAGCCCUACGCAUCGAUCAAGAUCCAGAAGCCGCUUUUGAAUUGCUGACCAACGGUAUUCUAAGGCUUCUAGGUGGAGAUGGCGUUCAAAUGGGAGAUAUCAAGCGACUCGAUCAAGCUCGAGAUCCCCUCAAGCUCAGAUUUAGCAAGUUUGACCCUUUGGGUGAAUUUUUGAGUCUUGGUUUGAUGUCAAAGACUAGUCUGCCGGGGGAGCUCGUUCGGGAUAUCUUUGGCCGUUUCGAUAUAUUCACUUUGUGUCAAUGUCUGCGUGUCUCUAAAUCUUGGAAGAAGGCGUUAACGGCUCCGGGAAGCGCCCAAUUUUGGAAAUCAUUAAUUUUCCCUGGCUUUGCAUCCCCGCGCGUUCCAUACGCCUCAUUGAGAAAGCUGCUUUCUUAUUCAUUCAACGACGUUAGAGAGCUUGUCAUUGAUAAUUGUUCAAAAUUUAGGCUCGACCAGAGGAAGUUCACUGCCAUCUUGAACGCAGGAGCCAAGCUGGAACGCUUGGAGCUAGCUAGACCAUAUGAACGCCUGGACAUUUCACCUGUAAAUUUCAGGGGAAAUCUCAAGACUCUCAAACACUUGCGGCUUGAUGGGUUCUAUCAGCUCUAUGCGCCUAGCAACGAAGACAGAGAUCCAUAUCUCUACUUUUUACUGACCGCUGUGAACACUCUAGAGAGCUUAAGCCUUGUCGGAAUCCCCAGGCAAUGGUUCAACCCAGUGGGAAUGCCGAUUAUGGCUAAUUUGAAGCAUCUCAAAUUGACCAAGGCUCCCAAUCAGCCGUGGCAGUUACCUAUUCUUCAAUGGUUGAGACACGCCCCCCAGCUCGAGCAACUCUAUGUAGAGGAUCUCGUUUUCAGCCGCCAUCUUCCAGACGACGAGCCAUUCGACGAUUGCUGCGUGCCGAAUCUCAAAUCCAUUACGAUUGUAGAUACGCUACACCGUGUGCACCACGGUCAUCACCAUCACCAUAUGCACUCAAACCAGAUAGGUUCAACCGAAGCAUACCAGUAUCUUACAGCUUUAAAUCUGGGAAAAAAACUCAAAGCCCUAGACAUACGUUAUGAGUUUGACUACACGUACUUUGACCAAGAAGAGGGCGAUAUUUUUCUUCGUAUACAGCGACAUCUAUCGAGUGCAUACGAAGACCUACAGACAAUACGUCUCUCAAACACAGUCUUAUCACCAGAAACAGCGCAAAAUUUAUUCAUGCCAUCCAUCAAAGCCGGAAAACUGCGCUCAUUUGAUAUCAUCUUUCCUAUGCAGAAUUUAGACGAUGGGGUGGGGGAACCAAGUACCAGACACAUCCAGGGGUACGCGUGGCUUGAAGGGGCUGAGAGUAUUCGACGCCUCGGCUUGUACGAUUUUACCUUCAAAUUACACAUGUACCCGAAAGACAAUCCUUUGAUCCAGUUUCUGCAAACGUUUCCGUGUUUGGAAGAGCUGAGCCUGGAAUCAGAACGGGGGUAUAUCCCCAAUCACUUCGCACAGCUCGUCCAAGACGUAUUGGUCUCGGUGAAGCUCAAGACUAUAUACAGCACGACAGUUCGUGGCUCCAAAUUUGAUCAAAUAAGACAGCUAGCCGAAGACAAGGGCGUGAAUUUUGUCUGGACAAAACAGACUCGCGCGUGGCCAAUGAAAUUCAGAGACGAUUGAAGUGGCAAUGGACAGAAAUGACUAAUACAUCUAUGCCAAAGAGUGAACACAGUUUUGGAAGCAUUUACGCGAGGAACUAUGGUGGCGAGCAGCGAGUUUUCUAAAUAGAUCGCGUACAUCAGAAGACGGUGGUAGUGACAGGCAUAUGCAGCCUUGGAUACAACGGGGGCCAUAGUCAUGGCGCAUUCAUGAAGUUGUAAUGAGACAAUGAUUAUAGCAUAUAAUUGAGCAAAUAGGCCAUAUAUUCCUUCCGGUAUAGAAAGAAAAAAGUUUUUGCCCCG